AUGGGAGAGAGACAUGACUAUCCUGGAUCCUCUGGGGAGCCUCAACAACAUCCUGAUGCUGACGAGGAAGAGAAGAGUCUCUCCAGAUCAGAACACCAGAUGGACAACGCAAGCCCUUCCUCCCUCCUGGAGUCCCCGUGUCAUACCUCUCCCGGUGGCACCUUACUGCUGGGUAUGAAGAGGUUGUCUGUGCUGCUGGUGGACUGCAGGAAAACAACGGGGCUGAGUGGAACUGUGAGAGGAGGAGAAGAGAUGAAAGGAUCAGAUUUGACUCAUCAAAGAGAAAGACCAGGCUCAGAGGAACCAGAGCCAGGGACGUCCAAACCAGCAAGAAGACACCAGUGCUCCUACUGUGGAAAGGGUUGUAACCGGUUAUGGGACCUGAAACAACACGAGAUAAUACACACAGGGGAGAAGCCUUACCACUGCUCCCAGUGUGGAAAGAGUUUUAACCAGAAAGGACACCUGAUCCAACAUGAGAGAAUACACACAGGGAAGAAGCCUUACAACUGCUCCCAGUGUGGAAAGGGUUUUAACCAGAAAAGCUACCUGAAAAAACACGAGAGAAUACACACAGAGGAGAGGCCUUACCACUGCUCCCAGUGUGGAAAGAGUUUUACCUACUUGUGUAAUCUGAAAACACAUGAGAGAAUACACACAGGAGAAAAGCUGUACUGCUGCUCCCAGUGUGGAAGGAGUUUUACCCACUUACGUAACCUGAAAACACAUGAGAGAAUACACACAGGGCGAAGCCUUACCAUUGCUCCCAGUGUGGAAAGAAUUUUGCCCACUUAAAUAACCUGAAAACACAUGAGCAAGUACACACAGGUGAUAAGCCUUACUGCUGCUCCCAGUGUGGAAAGAGUUUUAACCAGAAAAGCUACCUGAAAAAACACGAGAGAGUACACACAGGACAAAAGCCUUACCACUGCUCCCAGUGUGGGAAGGGUUGUAACCAGUUAGGUGACCUGAAACGACAUGAGAGAAUACACACAGGAGAAAAGCUGUACCACUGCUCCCAGUGUGGAAAGGCUUGUAACCACUUAGGUGACCUGAAACGACAUGAAAGAAUACACACAGGAGAAAAUCUGUACUAUUGCUCCCAGUGUGGAAAGGGUUGUAACCACUUAGGUGACCUGAAACGACAUGAGAGAAUACACACAGGAGAAAAGCUGUACCACUGCUCCCAGUGUGGAAAGAGUUUUACCCACUUACGUAACCUGAAAACACAUGAGAAUAUACAUACAGGGGAGAAGCCUUACCACUGCUCUCAGUGUGGGAAACGUUUUAUCCACUUAUGUAACCUGAAAACACACAAGCAAUUACACACAGGGGAGAAGCCUUACCACUGCUCCCAGUGUGGAAAGAGUUUUAAUCAGAAAAGCUACCUUAAAAAACACGAGAGAUCACACACAGUAGAGAAGCCUUAUCACUGCUCUCAGUGUGGAAAGGGUUGUAACCAGUUAGGGGACCUGAAACGACAUGAGAGAAUACACACAGGAGAGAAAUCUUACCACUGCUCCCAGUGUGGAAAGGGUUUUAACCAGUUAGGCGACCUGAAACGGCAUGAGAGAAUACACACAGGAGAGAAGGCUUAUCGCUGCUCCCAGUGUGGAAGGGGUUUUAACCAGUUAGGGGACCUGAAACGGCAUGAGAGAAUACACACAGCAGAAAAGCUGUACCACUGCUCCCAGUGUGGAAAGAGUUUUACCCAGUUAUUGAACUUGAAAACACAUGAGAGAAUACACACAGGGG